CUCCCAUGAAACAAGUGAUCAGACAAGUCACUGGGUCUAACAUAACUUUGCAAUGUGUGGAAAUUCAACAAUUUGGAAAAGGCUUUUCCAUGUUCCUCAUGACUUCAGAAUGUCCAGGAUUUAGUCAGUUCAUGCAGUUCUCAAUAGAAUGGACGUUACCACUAUAAGAGUUACUUCAGCACUGGAUCUGUUAAUAUAUCACUGUGGAUUUGGCAGUGGCACAUGGAAUGAGGACAAUUCAAAACUACAGUAUGAGAAACUCUCCCCCACGGAAAAGCUAGUUCACUGAAAGAGAAAGGAAGUGGGAUGUGAAAGACGUACAUUUGUGAUAGCUGAUAGCAGUUACCUUCAGUUUGUGUUUAGGUGAUUUGCUUCCAGAAUACAAAAUGAAGAGGAAAAUGCUGAUUGGUCAGAUUCUCAUGCUGUUGAUGUCAGUCAUAUCUUCAAGCUUGGCCAAUGAAAAUCUCAAGUGUUACACCGACGGCAUAAAGCUCAUUACGUGUGUUUGGAACACUUCGUCAGUGGAAGACAAAUUUCAAAUAACACCAACCACCAACUGUUCCCUGCAAAGCAUCGAUGAUAAUUACAUAAGAAAAAUUCCUCUCAGAGUUAACCUGGAGCCUCUUGGCGGCUCACAGUCGAAAUUACGUCAAGGAACUCUUCAAUUUGCUGAGAGUACUUUGACUGAUGGUUCCCCAGAUGUCCCGCUGGAUGUACGGUGUGAAAACAUAACUAAUCUAUUGGAAAGUAUCCCGGAGUUUUAUCCCCCAUCUUUUGUUAAGUUGUAUCCUCCUGAGACGCCAGUUGUGAACAAAGGGAAUGUCACCUGGAAACAAGGUUCUCCUCACUCUGUAUUUGUCGUUGCUGUGAAGUAUAAGGUGCAGUGGGGUUUGCUUGAGAACAGCUGGGAGAAGAACCAGGUGGCAUUGACAGAAGAGACACAGUGUGAGUUACCAUUAGAGAAGCUGAUCAAGGGGAGGCAGUAUGUGGUCAGGGUUCAGGCCACUCCUAACACAGAACCACAAUUGUGGAGCGAGUGGAGUCCAGUUACUCAGUGGGAAUCCACUGUGGGUUCACCACCUCCGUCAGAGCCCAUUUAUUUAUUACUGGGUGUACUCAGUAAUAUAACCAGCCUUGUAAUUGUAGCAGUUGGAGUCGUUUUACUGGCUUUCUUCUGUGUCCGACGAUACAAGAGGAUGAUAAAAUGUUUAUAUGUACCCACACCUGGGAAAUAUUUUGGCGAUCUUUUCUCUGACCAUAAUGGGGACUUUAAGGCAUGGCUGGGCCCUAUUGUGAAUCCUGAGAUAUAUAUCAAAGCUGAUUCAGAGUGCAUCUCGCCUGUGACAAUCUACAAAGUUUGCAGCUCUGAUAUGUUAUCCAAUAAGAUGGAAAAAGAUGCCAACUUAAGGGAUCACAACAGCUCCAGUUUCUCCAUCUCCACUUAUUUCCUGUCCCAGAGCUCAAAAUGUGACGCCGUAGUAGAUCAGCUGGAGCCAUGCUUAGCAGACAGCCCGUAUGGACCGGCAGGAGGAGGCAGUGUGCAAGAGAAAAUUCUGCCAGCCACUCAUGAUACCAGCCAUGACAAUGAAUUGACAGAGGUCAGCAUGAGCACCCCUUUGGAAACUUCCUCCUCCUACAAGCAGCUGCAGAAGCUGCGGCUGGACAUUCAGAGCCCAGACUCAGGCUUUGCCGGCAACUCUGAGGAACAAGAAAGCCAGGAGGAGUCCGGAAGUGAGGGACUUCCCAGCCCACCUGUGGUGGACAACACUCUGCCCAUCAGCUGCAUCCUACUGUGCCCAGUGCCCCAGCUGAAAGGACUGCCUCAUUUGGGAAUCCCACCUGGCUUGACAUGGAACCCACAGACGAACCGAACCUUCACAAACUUGCCUUCUGACAUCUCCAGAAAUGUUCUGCUGGGAAAUUCUGGCAACAUGGCUUGCUCUGGGAUACUGGAGCCCUCAAGUGAUGACUAUAUGCCUGUUAAGAAGGUUCAAGGAUGAUCAUGUGGCGCAAUCAUAAACCCAACAAAGAUGACAGGAACAAAGGGAAGUGUGAUGAAUGAAUGUCAUAAAAACUCCGGCUAAUUGUGAAGUAAAGUUUAACCCUUUGGUGACUGACCCCUUGAAAAUGGUUCCUCCAGGAACGAUGACGUUUCAGUUGUCAAGACAACGGAAAAACUAAAAUACAAAAACAGAAAGAUACGUCACAAUGCUCUUGUGCACAAAACAAAAUGCUCUUGUAUU